UUUGCGCGUGCACACGACCGUCGGGCUCCGGAGGAAGGACCACAUCCGGGGCUCUGUGGCCGCGGCACGGUUGCCAUGGUACCAGGGCGGCUGGCAGGCCUCCCAAGCCGAGGGCAGAGCUCGCAGGACCAGGAGGCCGCGCAGCACUGCCGCUAUGAGCCUGGGCACCACAGAUCUAGCCUCGGAGACGGGAGAUGACAGUCUGUCUGCUAUUACCUUUGAAUCUGACGUUGAGUCGAAAACAAAAAGAAAAAGUUUCCACAAACCUCCUUCCACAUCACCAAAGUCGCCCUACUACUCCAAACCCAGAAAAGUGACCUCCUGGCGAUCUCUGAAGACAGCAGGGAGCAUGCCUCUGAGUAGCAGAAUGUCCUUGACCCCACAGAAGCUGUGGCUGGGCACCUCCAAACAGGGUAGUGUGGCCCAACCCCCGAGCUCCACGCUUACCUCGGAGCACGCAUGGACCCACCCCCCCAGCUGCACUCCCGACUACCUGACGGAAGCCGUGAGAGCGAAGAGGGCAGACCUCAGGCGUUCCGGCAGCCAUGGUCACGUCUCUGGGACUUCAGUCUACAGAGAGAAAGAGGACAUGUACGAUGAGAUCAUCGAGUUGAAGAAGUCCUUACAUAUGCAGAAAAGUGAUGUGGAUCUGAUGAGAACAAAACUUCGGCGCUUGGAAGAGGAGAACAGCAGAAAGGAUCGGCAGAUAGAACAGCUUCUGGAUCCAGGUCGAGGCCCAGACUUCGUGCGAACCUUGGCAGAGAAGAAGCCUGACACGGGCUGGGUCAUCACCGGGCUCAAGCAAAGGAUCUUCAGGCUGGAGCAGCAGUGCAAGGAGAAGGACAACACUAUCAACAAACUGCAGAUGGACAUGAAGACCACCAACCUGGAAGAGAUGCGCAUUGCCAUGGAAACAUACUACGAAGAGAUCCAUCGUCUGCAGACCCUCCUGGCGAGUUCCGAAGCCACAGGAAAGAAGCCCAUGGUGGAGAAGAAGCUGGGUAUGAAGAGGCAGAAGAAGAUGAGCAGUGCCCUGCUGAACCUGACGCGGAGCGUGCAGGAGCUGACCGAGGAAAACCAGAGCCUGAAGGAGGACCUGGACCGCAUGCUGAGCAAUUCGCCCACCAUCUCCAAAAUAAAGGGUUACGUGGACUGGAGCAAGCCCCGGCUGCUGAGACGCAUCGCAGAGCUAGAAAAGAAAGUGGGCUCCUCAGAAAGCCCAAAGCAGUCUACUCCAGAGCUGGUCAAUCCCAAUCCCCUGCUCCGCUCCCCAUCCAACAUCUCAGUGCAAAAGCAGCCGAAAGGGGAGCCGUCCACGGAGGACCUACCCAAGGUGGACCCGUGUGCGGAGCAAGAGCAUCUCCAAGGAACCGUGAAGAGCCUGAAAGAGGAGCUGGGCGCACUGCAGGAGCAGCUGCUGGAGAAAGACCUGGAGAUGAAGCAGCUGCUGCAGUCCAAGAUGGACCUGGAGAAGGAGUUGGAGAUGGCCAGGGAAGGCGAGAAGGAGAGACGGAAGCAGGAGCAGGAUUUGAGGGAGGAAAUUGAAGCGCUCACCAAAAAGUGUCAAGAACUGGAAGAAGCUAAGAAAGAAGAGAGAAACUCCUUCAUAGCAAUGACUCAUGAGGCUCACCCAGAGCUCCAUGCCCCCUCUCCCUGCAGCAGGCACUCCGAGCCAGACUCCGAUAACAGUACUGGUGAGGAGGGAGGCUCCCAACCCCCUGACCCAUGCUCCGAAGAGAGGAGAGAGGCUGCCAUCAGGACCCUGCAGGCCCAGUGGAAGGCCUACAAGCACAAGAAAAGAAAAGCAGCUUUGGAUGAGGCAGCCACUGUGCUCCAGGCAGCCUUCAGGGGACACCUAGCUCGUUCGAAGCUUGUACACAGCAAAGUCCCAGACUCCAGGACUCCCAGCCUGCCAGGCCUUCUCAGCCCUCUUAACCAGAGUUCUCCUACACCCCGAGUCCAAAGCCCCGACUCCCCGGCUGAAGACAGCCCAACACAAGAGGAGGCCAUCAUCGUCAUCCAGUCCAUCCUCCGUGGAUACCUGGCCCAGGCCAGGUUCAUUGCCAGCUGCUGUCGAGAGAUUGCGGUGUCCUCUCAGAGGGAAACUGUUUCAGUGACACCCUCAGGUUCCGCCUCCCCACCCUCGCUCGAAGCUUCUCCAGGAGCGACACGCAGGGAGCUCUGUGCCUCAGAGGAACUGAGGGAGACCUCUGCAUCUGAACCUGCCCCCUCCGUCCCCUACUCCGCCCAAGGUGGCCACGGGGACUGCCCGUCCUCAUCCAGUCUGGAGGCUGUGCCCAGUGUGAAGGAUGCCAUGUGUGAGGAAAGGAGCAGCAGCCCUGGAAGCGCAGGGCCAUCCCUGGCUGAGCCCUCUCCCCCAGGACUGCAGCCCUUGUCACCACCACCUGUGGAGGACAUCUGCUCAGAUGACUCAGAUGACAUUAUCUUUUCGCCAUUUCUGCCCAGGAAGAAAAGCCCCUCCCCAUUCUAGGACCCCAGCCAUUGCCUCCAGGCGAGGUGGCUGGGGACAUCAGAGGACCCUAAAAUUUGAGAGGAUGACUGUCGUGCCAGGGAAGAACCCUGCCUCGCUCCGGAACACCUCAGCCAUCCAUUUUCUUACGUGUCGUGCCUGCGGCUUUGAGGGGUGCCGGUGGCUCUGUGCUCUCUGGGGACAGAGGGAGAGAGGGUGGGCACCAUUCCCCACUUUAGCCUGCGUGUUUCCAGUGCCCACAGAUAUCGUCUGCCCCAAGGCAGGGCAGCAGGGAGUCCUGCAAAGAGGAGAACUCUUACCAAGCCUACUACUUGCUCUUAGCCUCGGCACUGUUAGCUGCCAUGUUGGCCUAGCCUUCCUGGCCCGCUGCUGCCCAGUGCCUUAAAAGGUGCUACAGCUAAAUCUCCCGAGCCCACAGCAGAUUGCAGUCAUAAGAGAACCAGCAAGAACCUAUGGCCAUCGGGGUCCCCAACUGAGUCCCUGUCCCAUGGGCUCCUUGUUCCGCCUGUUCUUUUCCCCCACCACCUCCAUCCCCCGCCCCAGGAGGAUGAACUCUGGAGAGAGUACCAGGUAGCGUCAACACAGAGUGGUCCAGCCGCUAAUGAGAAGCAGCCCAAGGAUGGCUCAGGUCACCCAGUCACAAGGCAGGCAUCAGGGCCAGGAGGCAGGCGGCCUAUUGUCCCAGAGGAGAUAUGUCUCAGGGAAGGACAAAUUCCAGUAUGGCCCUGUAACUGGAUGUGCAGAGGUACCUGCAGGCUACCCGUGCCAUCUGGCCCCCUCAGCAUCCAGCAGCUUGGGGUGUUGGUCCCUUGUCUGUGAAAUUAGCUCCUGGCAGUGGGUGAGAAUGAGGGACUCCGGGCUUGGUUUCAGGAGCAUCCAGGAUCCAUGUACCUUAGGCCUGCUGCACAAGUGUCCCCUCCAGAGUGCCUGUCAGACUGGCUGCUGGUGGUCUCCAUAGGUCACUGGCGGUAAAGGAACUUCCUGUUCCAUAGAACUGAGAUUUGUCUCGGGAAACCUAGACCAGUGGGGACACCCAAGAGGUUUGCUUUGGGGGACCAUUUCGUUCCCGGCAUCCUCCACUAAACACUUGCCUGAUAUGGCACACCACAGGCUGUGCCCAGGACACUCAGGAAAUGAGCUGGGCUUUCCAGUUAGAGACCAGGAAGGGGGGCCCCAGCUUUGUCUACCUGCUCCUGGAAGGUUUAAGUAGCCCAGGGACCAGGGACAGCUGCCUCCCAUUUUUCUCCACCAGGGGGCAAAAAGAACCUCAGCCAGAACCCUGGCCAUCUGGCUUAGGCUGAAGGCUGCCUGCCAAGGUAGUUUCUCGUGAACCGAUGGUAACCUUACUCACAUAGCAGCAGCCUGGAGGUCUCUGUAGAUCUGCUUCCUUGUCAGAACUUGGCUGAGUUCUCUGUGAUUGCUGCCACCCCUUGAAGCCUCAGACACCACCUACUAAGACACAAGACAGCGGCUACAGGUGGCCCUCGUGUGCCUGUACCUUCCCCGGGGCCAGGGGUGUCCACGUGCCACUGCUCUGCCCCCUCCCUUAUUUAACGGCCAGGCCACCAUCUCUGCAUUGAGUGUUCUGAGUGAGCAAGCAGUCGGGGUGGGGUGUCUUCAUCUUCACUGGGGGGGAGGUGCUCCACCUCAGGAAGGGGCUAUGCAAGAUGGCACCCCAGCUGCAGGGCAGGGUCCGUAUAUCUUAGGGCCAACGUGUACACCCAGCCUGGCCAGUGGGCAGUGAGGUCUGAUCAGCCCCCACACUUGGGUCUUCUAAGAACCUGCCUCUGAAACACAGGAAAGCUGUAGCCUUCCGUCCUUUGGUGUAGCAGCUCAUCUAUUAAAGGCAAAGCCUGUCUUGAAGCUGCCCUGUAAAUGACGGUGCCUGAAGCCU